CAUUCAUUUUGACAGUUGCUCUUCGUGUUCAUUAUGUGAUGUAAUCGGAUGCGAACAACAAUGGCGUCUGUUGAAAACAAACAGCAAGAGCUGCUAACAGAUUCAAGUAUUCAGUUCUAUCAACCAACAGCUGCAAUCGAAACCACAACACCUACGGCUAUCAGUGAAACUGAUACGUUAGACGAGAUUUCCUGUAGAUCAAUAGAAUCCAACCAAAACAAACGCUAUAAAUCAACGCAAAACGAAUCCAAUGCAUCGUGCACCAGCAAUACGAGUAUACUAGAAGAACUGUCAACAAACGGUUCUCGUUCGGCAGAAUUUGAAAACAGAUUGGACAAAGCAGAACCAUAUCUGCAAAGUUACCCAGGUACUUCGAAUUCAGCGCACGACAGAAAUGUUUUUACAGCGAAAUUCUUAGAAAAGUUGCUGAUACAUUCUGAAGAAGGGAAAGAAAUUUUACACUACGCCUCGAAAACGGAACUUUCCGAGGCCAAACAGCUAGUACUAUCAAGCAUUAUUGCAAAGCAUCACUUGAAUACCAGAAAAAAAGCUUUAACUGAAGACCUUCGAACAUACGCCCUAGCAGUGACGUCACUUUUUAAGUUUGAACGACUGGAGAAUUAUUUCAUACCGAGGAGCGGGGAUCGGAAGAACCAUGGCGGAAAAAUUGCCAACAAAAUAGGUAACUUAAAACAAAGAAAACGCAAAUGUGAAGCUAAAGAGAACGCAUACCAAGCAUCCACACAAACAACAAUCGAUUCUCAAUCUACUCGGGAUGUUGCUGCCGAAGAAGCUGCUGAGUGGUUGAUGCUGAAUAGUGAACCAUGGUCUGUUGUCCUAGAACGGUGGAGAGUUAGCUACGAAGCACGCAAAGGGCACUUAUUGUCACGGAAGUGCAUCACCAAGAUUUUUACAACAUAUCCGCAAUACAAAUGUCAGCAUGGUUUUCAACUGAUCGACAUAGAUUUUCAGAAAGCUUUUCCCAACGCGAAGAAUGGAUUGAAGGAAUUACUACAGCUGGUACCACAGGUUACAGAAUAUAUUUCUAAGAAAGCCGUGGACCCAUCGGCCGUAUCUUUACUUGAAAGAUUGACUGAUGAUACAACAAAUAACGAUAAGCAAAUUUGUACACUUUUGCUUGCUCUAAACACUGUGCUGCCCCCAAUUACGGCCGCACCUCAUUUUAAACCUACCAUUUUAGUUGGGCAAGAGGAUACACUCAUUUUCGUUGAUUCUAAAGAGUUAGCUCAAUCAAAAAUUCAUGAAAUCUACCGAAGUUACACAGAGCUGGAUCUUCCAAUCGUGCCUAAAUUAGUUGCAGUGGGUGAAAACUAGGACCAAUUGCAGGGAACAUUCUUUGUCUUGUAUGACGAUGUGUGUUAUGAGCUUCAAUCGGCAUCAAGAGCAGUUGAUGUACUAAUUAAACUGACUGCAAUCCUUGGACUCCCUUUUUCGAAAAUUUCGAAAUUGGUUUGGCACUUUCUCAGUGGUUACAUUUACGGCAUAAAUCAACAAGAGUCUUAUGCUUCCAUCAAUAGACUUCGGACUUAUCUCGAGACGAAAAAGGCAAAUAGCACAUUGUGAACAUGACUCGGAUCACCUGCAUGAUAUCUGGAUGUACGAUUCUCUCUGCAUCACCAAUAGAAUACCUUACACAUCUUAAGGAUUACCAUCAAGUUCCAUCCGUUUAUCAAUAUAGAUGCACGAUAUCGGGUUGUCACCAAGUGUUCUCUAAGGUAUAUCCAUUCAAAAAACAUGUUAGUCAUCAUACCGGAUUGCACAA